UUAAACAUUUGUUCAUUCAUUUCACCGGCCACCAAUAUUCUUCCUCUUCUUCAUUUUAUUUUCUUAUUCAAAAGAAAUCAUUCUCAAUAUUCUUCAUUACAUUUGUUUAAUGAGUUAUACUAUAAAUAGAUACAAAUAUAUAUGGAUAUAUGAUUACUGACUUUGUAAUUAUCAUCAUUAUAACAUAUACUGUAGAUGACAAUGCUCUUUAGAUCCAAAUCUAACGGCGGAGCUCCACCACCACCCACCACCGCCACCUUCUUUCAACCAGAUGACGACGUUGACUCAUUUUAUCAAGACUAUUCGUAUUUCCACAACAACCCGAUAACCACCCCAUUUAUAAGCCCAAACCAUCAACCUGCGGCAGAAACUACUACUUCAACUAAUUUUACCAUUUUAGCCCUCUUCUUAACCACACUUCGUAAGUCAAUUGUCACUUGCACUGUCGAUGACUCCGAUGAUGUUUCCUCGUCCACGUCAUCCUUGGAUAUUGGAUGUCCCACUGAUGUCCAACAUGUUUCUCAUGUUACAUUUGAUCGUUUCGAUGGUUUUCUUGGUCUGCCGGCUGAGCUUCAGCCGGAUGUCCCCCGGAAUCCUCCUAGUGCCAGUAUACGCGUGUUUGGAGUAUCUGCGGAGUCAAUGCAUUGUUCAUAUGACGAUAGAGGGAAUAGUGUGCCGACUAUACUUUUAAUGAUGCAAAAGCGUUUAUAUGCAGGAGACGGACUUCAAGCAGAAGGGAUAUUUCGAAUAAAUGGAGAGAACAGUCAAGAAGAGGAUAUUAGGAAGCAACUUAACAGAGGCCUUGUCCCCAAUGGAAUUGAUGUUCAUUGUUUGGCUGGUUUGAUUAAGGCAUGGUUUAGAGAGCUUCCAACAGGCGUUCUUGAUUCGUUGACACCAGAGCAAGUAAUGCAUUGCAACACAGAAGAAGAGUGUAGUCGUCUUGUAAAAUCACUUCCUCAAACCGAGGCUGCACUUCUGGAUUGGGCAAUCAAUUUGAUGGCAGAUGUUGUCGAAUAUGAACCACAAAACAAAAUGAAUGCUCGCAACAUUGCUAUGGUAUUUGCUCCCAACAUGACUCAGAUGGCGGAUCCUUUGACUGCAUUGAUUCAUGCAGUUCAAGUCAUGAACUUUCUCAAAACACUUGUCUUAAAGACUCUACGUGAAAGAGAAACAGCGUAUCAAGUGAUUUCUUCAUGUGAAGACAACUUCUUACUAGAGCACCCCGUUUCGUUAAACAAAUCCGGAAGUGAAAAAGAUGAGAAAUUUUGGAGUUUUCCAAGAAAAACUGGAUCGGUUGUUGGAUGUGAAUAUAUAUCUGGCAAGUCUUCACUGGCUAAUUAUGAAUUAAAACAUGGAGACGACGAGGAGGUUGUGGCUGAGGGGUUAUUGGAAAGAUUAAGUCUGAGAAAAGGGGUGAGGAGAUUAUGCAGACACCCUGUGUUUCAGCUGAGUAAGAGCGUUAAAAAGAAUAAUCGAAGUACCAUUGUAAAUACAAUUUGAAGCGUUGGUAUGGCUUUAUUACAUUGCUUAUUAAUUUUGUUAUGUGAGAUUAGCGUAGCGAGUGCUUACUAUAACAACAUUUGUAGUUCAAGGUAUAAGGUUUGGUUUGAUUAAUAAUGUAGUUUGUGAGAGUUGAUUUGAAGGCUAUAAUAUGUUGUUUGUACUAACUGUACAUUGUGGCUAAUGAUUAUAUAACCAGAUAAGUUUCUAGAUCCA